UUUUUUUAUAUGUUGAACGAUUGAAAUCAGGAAGUGGGCUUGUAAUGCACUAUUUUGAGCCCGUAUCUGUUUAACCUAACUAACUUAGAGGUUUAAAAUGGGGCUUUUUGGAAAGACACAAGAAAAACCACCAAAGGACCUGAUCAAUGAAUGGUCUCUUAAAAUCAGGAAAGAAAUGAGAGUUAUUGACAGGCAAAUCCGAGAUAUUCAAAGAGAAGAAGAGAAGGUGAAGAGAUCCAUCAAAGAUGCUGCUAAGAAGGGACAGAAAGAUGUCUGUAUCAUCCUCGCCAAAGAGAUGAUUCAAUCAAAGAAAGCGAUCAACAAGCUGUAUGCCUCAAAAGCACAAAUGAACUCUGUGCUACUCAGUAUGAAAAAUCAAUUGUCUGUAUUAAGGGUGGUUGGGGCCUUGCAGAAAAGCUCAGAGGUCAUGAAAGCCAUGCAAAGCCUGGUUAAAAUCCCAGAGCUUCAAGCUACCAUGAGAGAACUCUCAAAAGAGAUGAUGAAGGCCGGCAUUAUAGAGGAGAUGCUGGAGGAUACAAUGGAGGGUAUGGACGAUGAGGAGGAGAUGGAGGAAGCAGCAGAGGCAGAGGUGGACAAGAUCCUCUUUGAAAUCACAGCCGGUGCUCUUGGAAAAGCUCCCAGCAAAGUUACAGAUGCCCUGCCUGAAAUGGGGCCACCUGGGGCCACGGCAGCCUCAGAAGAUGAAGAAGAAGAAGAAGACAUUGAGGAGAUGCAGUCCAGACUAGCAGAACUGAGAAGCUAAAUGACCUAUAUAUAUUUCACCCCUAAGUGCUUCAGGCAUAGACAACAACCCCAUUUCUUUUUUUUUUCUGUUGUUCAGUCAUACAAAUUGUACCUAUAAGGGCCUUUUAGGCACCUUUCUGUUUUAUUUAAGGGUUCAUUUCAAACUGCACAAAAAAACUAAUUAAUUUCUAUUGAGGACGAUAUGGAAUAGAAAAAAAUACUUUAUUAUACAGAAUGAAUGAAAACAACAUGUUAUGAAGUGAGCACUCAAAUGUGGUAGCAGCUGGAUGCAUAUUUCAGCUCAUUGACUUUUUAUGGCCAUUUUCUUUAUAGGUAUUUAAACUCUGUUCAUUUUAAAUCUACGCCUACGGCUGAGCAGCUUGUCUAAGGAUCUGUUGUGCAGUGGUGUCAUAUUGGUGUCGGUCUAGUCGUUUUGUCUCUGUUGUCAUAUUUGCUGUUUUUUUGCUCAAGCCUUACUAAGGCUAAGUGAAUAGUUCUUUCCAAUAUCUUGUAAAUUGGUUUUACUAAGUAAGACAUUUUCAUGGAAGCCGUUACUUGUAAAUCUUGUACAAAUACGGAAUAUAAAAAUAUUGAUAAUGGUUUGCAUUGUUGUUUUGUAAGUAAACACUCCGUUAUAGAUGGAGUGGGGGCAGUUCAUACGGACAUUCUGAAUAAAGGAACGGUUGUGCUUGGGAACUGGCUAGCUUUUAUAGCUGGCCCCUAUCAAACCUGAAUGAACUGAUCCCAUUCUGUCUUGUUUUCUGUUUUGUUUCUGAAAAAAUUUGGAUUUCUGCCUGUUAUAGUUCAAAUCUGGUGAUGUCUUUGUAUUUUUAUGCUUUUGCUAUUUAGGCUCAUUUUACGUUACUAAUUUGUUCCUCUGUGCUCUUUGAUGAUGUAAAUGACUGUCAAUUCAACUUGGCAAGAAACGAUAACACAUCAUUUGUUUAACACUAUAAUAAUCAAUGCAACCCGGCUUUGUGGCCAGUCCCAUACGAUUUAAAUGUAUUGACCGAAUGUUGUGCGUGCUAUAAUUCUAACAGGAAGCAAUUGCCCUCAAACAGAGAGAGGAAAAUUAGUGCAUUUUUACAUCAUAAUUAAUUUUUAUUAUGGCAUGUUAAAAUCAGUGUCUAUGUAUUUUAUGUACAUUAUGGGCUCUGGAGUUAACAACAAGUACACAGAUUUUGUACAGAUUCAGACUCAAUAUGUAAUGUCGAAUUAUUUAUAAUCUCUUGAGUGAAUCAAAUUGAUGGAUAAUAUUGCUUCAUGUUAGACAUUUGCUGUCAAUGCCUGCACAAAUAUUUGUUUUGUGUUAUGGUAAAAAAAAUGUACUAAUACAUUUUACAAACAAAAAAGGGGUAUUUAGGUACAUUCGGAGAGCCAAUAAUCUUGUACAGAAGUAUUUGCUUUAAAGGGUGUUCUAAAGAAAAAUAAACAGCACUGAGUUUACACUCAAUAGACCUUGCUUACUAGGUAAAAGGGGGGUUAGCAUCUUGUCUAUUGGGAUUCUCAUGGGUUUAUUUCCCUUAUCUCAAUUUUCUCCCUUUCACCCCCUUUCUCUCCACUCAUCCACAGCUUGUAUGAGGGAACCAGAUAUUUUUGAGUGUCUUUUGACUGUGAAUCACCUCUAAUUUAGAAGCUAUAUUUUUUGUUUCACAAAGAAAAACUUAAAUACAAAAAAAAUAUAUACUGUAUAUGUUUUCCCUUAUAACCAUAGGUUUGGCAAAUUUGAGAAUUAUUCAGACAGAAGUCUUACAUGGAUAGCCAGCUUUCAGCAUUGGAAAGAAUUGUUGGCUUUAACAAUAGUUGUAGUACAGAAUAAUAUUCUGCUUACCUAGACAGCCUUUUUAGGCAACGUGUGUGCUGCCAACCUAAACAGCAUUGUUACAUAAAAGAUGAUAACUAAUAUUCUGUAAUUAAUAAGGGAAAUGUCAUUUUUGGUCAUGUGAUAUCUUAUAUAACACCCCAAAAUGCUAUUUAAGAAGUUAACUCUUAAAGUAAACUGGUAACACUUUACAUUAAAUUGCUUAUGUCUCUCAUAUUACAUGUUAUUAAUUAAAUAAAUGGCAUUACAAGAG